AUGGAUAUUUAAAAGCUGAUUGAUGUCAUCUUGAAUGCAGCCAAAUAAUAAGAUAUAAAAUAAGAUUUCGAAUUAGUUCAAUUAGUCUUAAAUCUUACUGAUUCUGAAUUUGAAGAGAAGAUACUCAAAUUACAAGGAACAGGAUCCAAAAGUGUUUGUUCUGCUCCUCUUUCUAAAGAUAUUUUGUUUUACAAAUGUUUUGAUUGCAGCAAGGAGCCUACACAUGUGUAUUGCCAAGAAUGUUAUAUCCCAGAAAAACAUUUGAGUAUAAUAUUUAUUUUUACAUAAGAUCAUGUUGUGACAUAUCAUUACUCAAAUGGGGGAUGUUGUGAUUGCGGAGAUACAUUGGUUAUGAAGAAGAAAUCAUUUUGUUAUAAGCAUUCUCAAUAGUAAAUCUAAAUACCUGUUCCUGAGAAAUUAUUUGGAAGUACUAAUUAGUGUAAUUAAUAUAGAAAAUUUGGCAGAGAGAUAUCGAUAAUUUAUUAUGGUAUCAUUCGCACUUUUGUUUGAAAGGACCUAGAAAAUUGUUGAUUACAAUGAUAAAACAAUGAAAUAAACAUAGGAUGCCAUUUACAAUUUGAAACUUGAAAAUUCUGCUAAUUUUAUGAAGGAGAUUAUGGCAGAGUUUCUCUAAAAAGAAAACAUCUUAAAAGAGUGUUAAAAAUUGUAUACACUUAUUUUUAAAAUCCUAAAAUUUAUAACUUCUAAUAAUAUACCUUGGAGUUAUGCAACAAGCAAAUUUCUAUAAAUUCCUAUUGAUUAAGACAUUUAAAAAUACAUAACCCUAUUUCAUGCUCAUUCUAAAAAUCAAUUUGAAAACUUUAAAUUGAAAAGGAAAUAAUAAAUUUGUUAAUGUUCUAUUUUAAAUCUAUUUGUUAAGCAUAAUGUUUUUUUUUCGCGAUUUAUAAAAGAAGAUGCAAAUACUAUUUCAGAGUUGUUUUAUGAAUUGCACGUUGAUGAAAAUUUCAAACCAUAUUUGUGUAAACAAAUCUUGAUCCAUUAUAAUCAUUUGUAUAUUCCAAUUUAAGUUUACAAAUUAAUAACAGUUGAUAAUAUAGAAAUGAAAUUUAAAUUCAAUACAAUAAAUUAUUCAGAACAUUCAAAACUAAAUGAACUAAUUCCAAUAUUAAUGUAAAAUGAAAAUGUAAAAAAAAUUUAUUGUAAAAAUAAAGUAGAGAGGGCUUCUUUAUUUGGAUAUUUUUUUCAGUUUAUGGGACAUAUAGUUUUAAGUCUUUUAAGCUUAUAUAAAGAAUAUAAUAGUUCAUAAUAUUAUUGUUUGUUUGAUAUAUUCACUAAUCAAUUACUCUAAUUGUAAUUUAUUUUUUAAUUAAUAUAGACCAUUAUGCAAUGAGGAAACCCAGCACUUCUGCUAAUAAUUUGAUGAUAUGAUUCUCUCAUAAUUUUAAGAUGAUGUAGUAAAAAGGCUAUUUGAAUAAAUUUCUGAAAUCCUAUCCUUAGAAGCUGAAUAAUUUAAGUUCAGUCCAAUACUUCCUAAUAAUCCUAAGUUCAAUUAUCUUUAAAAUAAUUCCUUAUUAAUAUAUGCCUUAACUAAAAUAUAUCCUUGUUAAUAAACAGAGACUAGUACCUUUCAUUUCCUACAUCCAUAAGAAAAAAUUAAAUUCUAAGCAUCAGAGAUUAUCCAGAUUUUUAUACUUUAAGGAUAUCGAAAAUUAUUGUCUGUUGUAGUUGACACUUGGAAUGAAGUUAAUAAAUAAAAUAAAGUUGGAUUAUAAAACAUUUUUAGAUUGACCAUCAAUUACUAUUUAAAUAACUAUGUCACAUCCUUUUCGUUGAAAGCUGAAUCAACAUUAAAGAAUUAUUUAUUAAAUAUAGUAAUAUGUGAUAGAAACUUUAUAACUUUACUAUCAUUGUUUUUGAUGGAUUACAAUGACCCGCAAGAGGCCUAUGAAGAAUUACUAGAGUUGAGUGGUCUAAGCUCAUAAAAGUUCAGAUAAGUUAUGUUGAAACUUUUAAGAAGAACUUUACUGAAUAAUAUUCUACUUUUAAAGAAUGGAAAUCCAUUCUUAUAUAAGGGAUAAAUUAAAAUUUAUAAGGAAUAAAUAAAACUUAAAGAAGUUUCACUUGAACAAGUAGACGUAGCUUACAUUUAAUUAUAUGCCUUUCUAUUUGGCCCAUAAGGAAUUAAUGAUAUUAUCUCCAGUUAUAAGGAAAUAGCAACAUUCUUCAAUUACAAAUCAGAUCCAUCUUUUCUUAUAUGUAGAAUUGCUUAAACCGAUUAUGAUCUUAUCUAGUGCGUAGGUGAUAUGUUUGGCAAUGAUCUUCCAGAUCAAUUUUAAAAAGGAUUAAAUAAAUUGUUUCAAACAAUUUUUUUUGCUUAAUCUUUUUACCAAGAGAAUGAUCUUAGAGAACUUCUUAAGAAGUUUAGUUAUGAUAGCAGUUAGGAUUUAUAAAAAAUAAUUUUAAGUUCUUGUGAAUUGAAUUAAGAUAAUCAAUAAUUAUAAUUAAAAAAAUCCCUAUUACCAGUUUAAUAUGAACCCAUUUUUGCUUCAUUGGUAUUAGAAUUAAAAGAAUAAAUAACUGAUAAAUUAAAAACUUAAAAUGAUAAAUAAUCAGAGUUAUUUGGAACUGCUCUAGCAAAUGAAUUAAAUUAAUUAAAUCAACUCAAAUCAACUUUAACAUAUAAAAGGUUAGCCAUACUUAAAGCAAUAGCUUGUGACACUGAAUAAUAAAUACUUCAAUAGAUUUUAGAAUAAUUAUAAGUUCAAUAAGAAUAAGGAUUAAUUAAAAAUAUUUCAUAAGUAUUGGAAGAUUAUUCUGUUUAUAUUAAUCUAGUUUAUUUAUGCAAUAAACAUUUGAAAAAUAACAAUGCAAAUCUUCCUACAUAUUUAAGCGCUAUUUCUUAAAUAUGUUUCUAGAUCUUAUAAGAUGUUAACUUAACGUAAACAUCAAAUAGCAUUUAUGAAAUAUUUGCUAGAUAACUUGAUGAAACUUUGUGUUUAAAUCCUUUCUAAGUUGAAAGCGAUGCUUAAAAAGCUUGUAGAUCACAAAUAAAAAGAAAAUAUUAUUAGUAAAAAUUUAAUAAUAUGGGAUCAGGAUUUAGCAAUCAAAUUGCAGAGACUCCAACUUAAUUGAUUACUGAAAAUUGUUCUUUAUGCUAGUUGGAGUUUGAAAAAGAGGAAAUUUAAUAUAGAGCUCUAUUAAUUUAGUAUUCGAAUAUUCAUAAACAUAUUCAUAUGAUUCCUAAACCAAUAAAGAACAAUUUAUAGAUAGACAUGUUCUAAGUUGUAGCUUCAAGUUGUUAACACACUUUUCAUAAAUAAUGUUUAUAAUAAAAUGAAUAAAAAUUUACGAUAGGCUUGUUUAAAUAUUUAAAGUGUCCUAUUUGCUUAUCUCCAUACAAUUUUCCCUUUGUAAAUCCUAUGUAUAUCACAAAUGCAAAGGAUUAAAUUUUGAUUGAAAAUUUGGAAUUCUUUUUAUAAACCCUUUCAGAUCAAAAAGUUAUGCAAUACUAUAAAAGAUAUUCAGUUGAAGAACUCAACAUUCCAUAACUUCUAGAUGAAAUUUUUUCAUAAGUACUUUGCAACUUAUUAUUUUAACUAUUGAGUGAUUUAAACAAAUUUCAUUUAAAAAACAAUCAUUUAUUAUUAUAGGCCGUCUUGACUCUAUUACGAAUAAUUUAUCAAGAAAAUUAAACCACUAUUUUAUAAGAAAUAGUUGAAAAUGAUUAAGAGAUCCUUUUUAGUAUCUUAAAUUUACUAUUGCAAAAUAUGAUAAAGUAAAAUAACAUCAAAGAUUUGAAAUAAGGAUUGGAUGUAAUUCUUUAUGAAAACCCUAAUAAAUCUGCAAUUAUUCAAGCUUUGACUGAAAAUCUUAUUAUUUCAUAAAUUCAAUAAUAAUCACUCCCAUAUGAUAUAGAAAGAAUAAGUUAGGAUUUAAAAUAAAAUUAUAUAGAAAAAUUUCAAUCAAACUUCAAAGAAUUUUUACUAAACCACUACCUAUCUCCUUGCAAAAAAAAAUAAUGCCGAUUUUUGCCUUUGUUGAGAAUUUAGAAUUAGGAACAAAAUUAAUACAUAUGCUUAAUUUGUCUUAAAAAGAUGUGUGCUCAUUUUUGCGGAAGAAAAUCAGAUGUAAAUAUUUUGUAUUAACCUAGAAAAAAAUUGGAAAUUUAUCUAGACAUUGCAUUAAAAAACAUAAUGGUAAGACUAUGUAUCUUAAUUUAAAAAAUAGUGAAAUUAUCAUCAUGUAAUCACCAUUUAUUACUUUGAAUAAUAACCCAUUAUAUAAAAAUCUAAUAGGAGAGUUACCAUUCCUAGGAUAUUAUCAAUCAAGUCAUUAUGAAAAAUUUAAGUUAAAUCUUAAAGCCUUAGAUUAAAUUAUUGAAAUUGUAAUUUAAGAUAAAUUUGUUCAUAAAUUAUUUUAAAACUCCAAGAAAGUUUCAAGAACCACUUUGUGA